AAAAAACAAAAAAAAGGAUCUGCUUGAACAAAUGGACGCAGACGAGGGCUCCGGUGUAAAAUCACCCCACUCCGUCCCUCCCUUCCCAGCAUCUGCCCGACGGCCACCGCUCGCCGCCGGCCAUGGCGUCACUCCUACUCGAGCAGCAGGAGAAACUGCGGCGGCACGUCGACGAGUGGCGCUUCCGCUCCCGCGCUGCGCUCUCCGAUCUCGGCGCCGGCUCUGGAUCCCCCUCCAAUUCCGUGUCCUCCGAUUCCGUAAGACUCCGGGUCGCCCCCGCCGACGCCGCAGGGGCGGGUUCCGCGUCCCUCCUCCUGGCCGCCGCGGCGGCCGACGACAACGUCGCGGUCUCCAAGUUCGUCGCCGUGCUAUCCCACUCCUGCAUCGAGAUAUUCCGCCUCUCCGAUGCGGCAUCAAAGAACCUGCACCGGCAACUGCUCCUGUUUGGGCACAGUGCAGGGGGAUCGAGUGAGGCACUUCUGGAAGGGGAGCCACAGAAGAUGUUUGCACACUCAAUGCCAUUGUUGCUCGAGUUACAUGAAAUCGCCAAUGGGCUGAUGGUGCUUCUUGGGAACCUGCUCCGCCAACUGGACGUAAUCUGCUCAGUUCGGGACAAGAAUGUACGACCACUGAACUCGUUCAAGAGUUUUGAUUUGAGGACAGUGUUUGGAUCGCUCGGUGAAGGGCUUGCUGUGUUCCUGUUGUUGGAUGAAAUCUUGAGGCACAAUGGCAAUGUUAGGAGCUACUUAUCUCUGUUUUCGAGGAUGAUGAGUAAAGUGAAAUCAGAGGUCGAUGUAUUUGGUAUGUCUGUUGAUGAUGUAGACUUCCUAGAUCAAGUAGUGCACAACUUGCAGAAGCUCUUUGACAGUGGCUUCUUCCAUCGACUGGUGCAAGUAGAUUCACCUUUGUGUUCUUCAAUAAACCUUGUUAGGUCCAAUCAGAAACUUCUAGAUGCGUUUUAUUCUUGCUUCUCUGAGAGCAGUUCUGAAAUCCUUCUACGCAUUGGCUCUUCAAAAGAACUCCCAUUUGAUCGAAAGACUAUUGUCCAUCUUCUAGCUCUUCUUUUAUUCUUCACAUCGGCAACUGAUGAAACUCCUGACAAGAAAUCGAUAAAACUGCUAGGCGAGAUGUUUCAGUUGGUUCCAGUGGUCUAUAUUGAAGGUGGAAAACGCAUCGUGCUCUCAGAUUUAAUGAGGUGUCAUUGCCCUCCAAAACUAUCCUUGUUGCCUCCCAUUAAGGAAGCUUGCGAAGCUUUCGGAAUCAUGAAGAAUAAUUAUCUGGUGCACUUAAAUGAAGUGCAUUCAAGGGAUAUUCAAGCCAUAAAUGAUUCACUGUCUUGUUGGUCUGUUUCAUUCCAGUCAGCUGUUCAUCCAUCGUCGCAGAUGUUGACUGAAGAGUGGGUCCGGCAUCUACAGAAACAAAUUUUGCAGGGAGUAGUGCUCGCAGAUAGAAUACAUAUGCUUGUUCUAUCCAUGCUCGACAUGCAUAUGCAUCUUAAGGUUCCACUGAGAAGGGAGAAAGCCAAAUCUCUUUGUCAGAUGAUUGUGUCACUGAAGUCCAUAGGAAACUUGUUCAACACAAGAGGGCCCAACAUAGUACGCAGUCUUCCUCACAUUAUCAAUAUCAUUCAAUCAGAUAUUGAACAGCUCAUAGUACCAUUGAAGAAUAAAUUGCAAACUGAAAUAGCCAAGGGGGAUCAUGUGAGCAAAACAGGAUUUCUUAGCUUGUUGAGACGUGGUGGUGCGGAGAUGGAGACGAAGCUUCUUGAUUCACUUUCAUUGGUUCUGAUAUCCUUGCAAUUGCUUGAAGGAGGUGGAAGUUCUCCAAGGCAACUGACACUUUCUAUUACAAUGGAUAUUCUACACAGUCUGGGUCACAUGGAUGUUGAGUUGGGUAGAGUGAGGAAGCUUUUAUCAAAGUUCAAAAUUCUUUCAAAUUUCCAGUCUCUGAUCGACGAAAGAACAAAUUGUAGCUUCUUGUAUUGGAGAAAGGAGAUGUUUCCGACUUGGUUAUCCAUGGUAUAUGGAGAUGCUUGCAAAUUGUAUUGGCUACAGAACAUCAUUGAUGCAUUUUCUGAUGGAAUAUUGCUUCUUGGACUUGGGAAUGUGGGGCCAGUUACUCUUCAAAGUUAUGAGGAAGAAAUUGAGAAUGCUUUGAGGGAGGAGGUUGUUGCUCCAUUAUGCAGGGAUAUUGAGACUGAUCUCCGACUUCAUGUUCAUUCUACUCAUUUGAAAGGAACAGUUGUUGUGAACCCAACAAGGACUGGGGUUCGUAAUCUUUCAUGGUACUUAAGAAUGAGGCCCUUGCGGUUACCUUUCAAGUUUGUUGAUGUUAAAUUGCUCGUGGAAAACUAUCUAAAUUCUGCAUUCUAUACUUACUCUGUGAUGCCUAACUACGAUAAAAAGAUAUAUACAGAGAUGCAUCAACUAGGAGAGUUGAAAUAUGGUGUUGAACUGGAAGAUUUCCAUCUUUCUGUGGAUGCUCGAGAUCAAGGUUUUGAUAUCAGAGAAACUAUCCAACAUCUUGAUUCAUUUUGUGAGAAAUACUCCUACAGCAUUGUCAAACAGAUGUUUAUUGAGAACGAUCUGGAUGGUCAAGGCCGGAAAAAUUUAAGAGUUUUAUGUGUCGAACACAUUGCAUCGUCAACUGCCAUGUGCAGUUUGCAACAAACUUCUGCAGCUUUGGACUCCAUUUUGACGUUUUUAGAAAGGAUGUUUGUAAAUCUCCAUGCAUUGCUUCAAAGUGACACUGAAAUUGAUUUAUUGAAGGAUUUUAAACAAUUAGAGAACACCAGGGUGUCCAAUGCACAUCCUGCUAUCCAAGGAGAGCUGACAGCUGCCCUAGGGAAACAUGCGCUUGAAGAUCAUACUCUGGAUUACCUCAAACAAGUACAAGCUGUUGUUUCUAGAAUAGGAAACACACUAGGUCUAAUGAGAAUACUUGCUGCUGGUUGUACCCGCUAUUCCAUUAGCAUCUCAAGAUUUGCAAUAAAAUCUAACUAUGACUCGAGCUACUCGACAAGUUGCAAAAUAAUGGGUUGGGAUGAUGAUAUUGCUGAAAUUGGGAAGAUGUUGGAUAUGGGGGCAAGAAACAAGGAAGCAUUGGAGGAGAGAAUUCAAUCAUUUUCAUUAUUGGUAACCUGCAUUUCACGGAAGGUUCAGAGCAAUGAGCUUAAAGAAAUGAAGGACUUCUUUCAAAUUGUUCCAUUGCUUAUUGCCAACAUGGUGGACCAUAGGCUUCUUCACAAGGAUAAACUAUUGAGACGAGGCCAUGAAACCAAGAGUGCCAUUCAUACCUACGAUGGUUUCCUACUAGGAGUUGCUUUUGUCCUGAAGGUAUUGGAACAAGAAAAAUCUUUUGAUGAACUUAAUUGGUUUGCUUCCACGAAAACAAAGUUUGAGGGAGAGACAGAGGACAAAGACAAUAAAAUGGAUAAAAGCGCAAACAGGGCUGCUUUCAUCAAUCUUAAACUUUGGCGUGUUGCCCCAUCUGUUAGGACAGAACAAGAUAAGGGUGUUGACAAGGGAAAGCGGUACCAGCAGGAGGUCGAGCUUAUAGAGUGUGUCCUCGGGCUGGCCAGAACAGUGUUGAGAUGAAAUUAUGUCACUGUAAAAUACAUAUUCUUUGUUGCUCAUUGAUGGAUUGUUGCAUAGCCUGAGGGGUAAAAAUCUAUAAUUAGACCACAUACAUGAGUCUAUUUACUGAAAUAGAUAACAUGUUGUCGUAUUUACAAA